UGAACAUCUUAAUCUUCUCUGCAACUGCGAGUUAUGGAGGCACAAGGUUGGACUUCCUCCGGCUAUGUUUCCUUCAUAACUGGAUUUUCUAGUUACGAUGUGUUCCUCAACAUAAGAGGCGAAGACACUCGUAAUAACUUCACUUCCUUCCUUAACUUAGGUCUGAAAAACAGAGGAAUCGAUGUGUUCAUUGAUAGUGAAAAGUUGUGGAGUGGAGAAGCCAUUGGACCAGCCUUACUUUGAGCAAUCUAUGGCUCCAAAAUCUCUAACCCUAUCUUCUCCCAAGGUUAUGCCAACAGCAAAUGGUGCCUCUUGGAACUUGCUCAAAUUCUUCAGUGCCAUGAAUCCAACCGUCAACUGGUCUUGCCCAUAUUCUUUCAUAUUGAGCCAUCGCAUGUUCGGAAUCAAACUGAAAGUUUUGAAGAAGCAUUUCAGGAGCAUGAGAAAAAUUUUGAGCCCAAUAUUGUGAAAAGUUGGAAAGAAGCUUUGAGAGUGGUUGGAAAUUUGAAAGGAGAAGUUACUGACAAAAAUAAGGAUCAAGGAAAGAUUGUUGAAUUAAUUGUGAAAAGGGUUCUGGAAGAAUUGGUCAGUAGCACACAUUUGAAUGAAUGCAAAUACCCUAUUGGUAUAGAUUCCCGUGUUGAGGAAAUAUUACCUUUAUUAAGUAUUGGUUCCAAUGAUAUUCAAUUCAUAGGAAUCUGUGGCUCCCGUGGCAUUGGGAAGACAACCAUUGCUAAGAUUGUCUAUAAUCGCAUCUUUUCAACCUUCAAGAAGUAUAGUUUUAUCUCAGAUGUUAGCAAACAAGCAAUGCAAUGCACAGGGCUUGCGUCUUUACAGAAUCGACUUCUUAAAGAUAUCUUCAAAACUGACCUUGACGUAGGUCAUUAUCAUAGAGGGAAAAAAUUGAUAGAACACCAUCUUUGCAAUGAAAAGGUUCUUCUUGUUCUUGAUGAUGUGGAUAAUAAAGAACAGGUAGAUGCUUUGGCCGGUGAACUCAAUUGGUUUGGUCAAGGAAGUAGAGUCAUUAUAACAACCAGUUCUGAACAUAUCUUGAAUGUGGCAAAAGUUGAUAAAGAUAAAAUCUAUUGGCUUCAAAGGCUGGACAUUGAGGAAUCUCUUAAACUAUUUAGUUUGCAUGCAUUUUCAAUGGAUGAACCUCCUCAAGAAUAUAUGCAACUUUCAUAUGAUAUGGUACGUUAUUCUGUAGGGUUGCCUUCAAUUCUAGAGAUGUUAGGGUCUUACUUAUCAGACAUAAGUAACAAAGAAGAGUGGAAAAAUACGUUGCGAAAAUUAAAAGGAAAUAAAGCUUCUAUCUCCAGUCUUGCAUCUUUAAGUAGGCAGAGAAAGAAGAUGUGGCCUAUGAAAGACAAUCCUGUUGGUUGUCACCCACUUUUUCUUGGAACCAUUGGAAUCAACAACCCUGUUGCUAAAGUAUCUAAAGUCCUCGGGGGAUGUCUGCCUCUAAAUGGCACAACUACUAAUACGGUUGGGAAGCAGUUCACUGAAGGAAAUCUGAAUCUAAAUGGCUCCACAGCUAUUGAUAGAGUUGAUAAUAAAUUGUUGACAGCAGCAGAGAUCCGAGCGGCAACAGAGAACUUUGAUAAAUCAAUGGUGACUGGAAUUGGUGGCUUUGGCAUCUUUAGAUGGAAUUAUGUGUUGGGGUCGCGGCAUCAGCACGACAAGGGCAAUAUCAGAUCCUUCUCACAGGUUAAAAAGGCCUCUUCUUCUCCGGCCACUUCUUCAAUGGUGAAAACAGCUAAGAAGGUCGGCGACGAGAAAUUGAAGCAGUCAGAGGAGCCGCUCAGGAAAGUUAUGUACCUCAGCUGUUGGGGACCCAACUGAAUUAUAAAUUUUUUUUAUCUUCUCCGUCCUAGCGGGGAUUCCUUGAAGGGUGUGAGAUCAUAAACCCCUGUGGAUAUGCAGAUGUCGAUGAAGGAGUUUUAAUGAGAAAAUUUCAUAUCCAAAUCACUGUUACAGAAUUGCAAAUACAAAUAUCAUUUGGUGAA